GUGAAAUUAGUUUAGUUUUGAGUUCUAUUCAGCUGUAACUACUCGGUUAAUGUUGAAGGUAAAUAGUGAUGAACGAAAGCUAACAGAUGUGGAGACAGCAGGUCCAGCAGCACCUGGAUGCAGAGGAAGAAGAAAUGGAGGUUUUCAUUGGAAGUAGAGAUGCUCUUGAACAGGAAACAACUGGAGGAAGCCAAAUCUUAGAUGCAGUUUUCAGUCCAAACGAUCAACUGCAUAUAAUAGUGGUUCCUGCAGAUGUUCAGAAGUCAGUGCUGAUUAAAGAAGAAGCUCCUGAAGAACAGUGGCCUGAUGUGGACCAGCAGGAUGCAAAUUGCCUCCACAUAAAAGAGGAAGAGGAGGAACAGUGGACCAUUUUGGGAGGAGAGCAGCUCAGUAUGAAGGAGGAGACAGAUGUCACCAGCUUUUCAUUAACUGCAGUUCAUUUUAAGAGUGAGGAUGAAGAAGAGAAACAUCUGUUCUCACAGCUUCAUCAACACCAAGUUGAAGUCAGUGAUCUUCCAACCAGCAGUUCAGGUGACCACAUAGAAUCAGCAACUGGUGAAGGAGAAAAAGAUUCAAAAACCCCAGUUCUAAAUGCUUAUAGAGAUUCUGAUUCUUCACAAACUGAAGUCAGUGAAGUUGAUGAAGAGGAUAAUGAUGUGAACAAUCCUGACUCUGAGCUGAAACCUUUAUCAGACUCUGGGUCAAAAGCUGAAGACACUGAUGAAGCCCGGGAGUCUUCACCCAGCAGGGUCUCUGAGUCAAAUGUGAACAGGGUCCACAACAAAAAUGGACUGAAGCCAUUUCAUUGUGAUGUUUGUGGACGACGGUUUAUUCAAAAGGGAUGUUUAAACAGACACAUCAAAAUCCACACAGGACAGAAGCCAUUUUGUUGUGAUCUUUGUGAAAAAAGAUUUACUGAAAAGUGUAAUUUAAAAAAACACAUGAGAAUCCACACAGGACAGAAGCCAUUUUGUUGUGAUCAGUGUAAUCAAAAGUUUACCGAAAAGGAUACUUUAAAGAGACACAUGAUGAUACACACAGGACAGAAGCCCUUUUCUUGUGAUUUGUGUGAAAAAAGAUUUACUGAAAAGGGUAGUUUAAAAAAACACAUGAAAAUCCAUACAGGACAGAAGCCAUUUUGUUGUGAUCAAUGUAGUCAAAAGUUUACAGAAAAGGACAAUUUAAAGAAACAUAUGAUGAUCCACACAGGGCAGAAGCCCUUUUCUUGUGAUCUGUGUGAACGAAGGUUCAUUCAAAAGGUCAGUUUAAAGAGACACAUGAAAAUCCACACAGGACUGAAGCCAUUUUCUUGUGAUCUAUGUGAAAAAAGGUUUACUGAAAAGGGUAAUUUAAAAAAACACAUGAAAAUCCACACAUGACAGAAGCAAUUUUGUUGUGAUCCGUGUAGUCAAAAGCUUAUCAAAAAGGUCAGUUUAAAGAAACAUGAUGAUCCACACAGGAAAGAAACCCUUUUGUUGUCAUUUUUGUGACCGAAUAUUUACCAGUUAGGGAAAUUAAACAAACAUGAGAAUCCUCAUUGGAGAAAAAAGUAAUUUGAAUGAACUC